AUGGAAUUACCUUCAAAGGUCGAAAUAUCACCACAUCGUAUCGAAUACAUUCUCUGUUCGCCAUUAGCGGACAGCAUUUCCGAUGCCCCUAGGAAUACCGGAGUGGUUUCUCAACCAAACACCACGAGCAGCCCGCCACCGCGUGAGGCAUCGUCCCUCGCCCCGUCCAAAGACCGCUUUCGCGUCUCUCGACGUACGAGGGACCAGGACAAAGACAAGGACAGAAGAGGGCCGAAGCGCGCACAAUCGGCGAGGGAACCAGUGUCAUCGCGUCUAUUGGUUGCGUAUGAUAGAAACGAUGCCGAGAGAAACGAGGACAAGGCCCGGGUCUUCCACAGCAACAACGCAGAAGACAGAGACAGAUGCGAGUUCCUGGAGAAGCUACAGCAUGCUGCUGAAGCUAAUUUCACGAGCAUAGUGAACGACGACAUGAGCACGGCAUGCCCCAGGGCCGGGGGCACGCGCCCUAAAGAUCCUGCCCGACAAACGAAAACCGCCACAAAUGCCCGCACCGAAAGUUCGAACGAAUCCAGAUACACCGAAAGGUCAGAGACCUCCUGGACUACCCAGCCGAGCCCUUAUCCCCCUCCGCCGAGAAUACAAUCAGACGGCCGCGACGCGAGAGACCGGAGAACGGGCACGAAGUCCCUCGUCCGAGAGGGCGAUCGAAUCCCGGACGGCUGCGUCCCAGAAGAGACGCCAUGCAUACGCUGCGCAAAAGCGUGGUUCUCGGGUUGGGCGGAUAACGGGCUGGCAUGGCGGCCUGUUAUAUGUGUUCGCAAGCGCGGUGGGGUGCGCGUGCGGUGUGUCGGUUGCGUGAGGAAACAUAGGAAUUGCGAGGAUAUACACCCGGAGGUCCUUAAUGAAUGGAGAAAGAUUCAAGAUCGGGAUCCCAGUGAGGAUGUCCUGGCUGCCCACCGCGCAUGGAAGAGAAGAGUCAUGAUUCUUCAGAGAUGCACCCGCAGGCGACGGGGUAGGGGCGCGACCUCGUCUUCCAGCGUCCGCUAG